GCACCUGUAUUAUGUGAUCGUCGAGGAGGUGACAGUAGCUGUGGAGAAGGUGGCAUUGGUAGUGGUGAUUGUGGGAGAGAUGACAAUGGCAGUGGUGAGGUGACGCCUGAGACACCUCAGUUGACACCCGAGUCAAAGAUGACAUAG